AUUGUGCUGACUUGGCAGCGGCAGUAGCAUGAAAGUUGCUCAGGACAGGAAUUGGUCGGCUCUGCUGUCCGCCUCCCCCGGCCAAGGGUCAGCUGGCAUCGCCUCCUCCUGGGGCCCUGGGAUUCACAGCCUGGCCCCGGGGCCGCAGAGCCCCUUCUUGCCCGGGAUCUCCAUCCCUCCACCUGAGCUCCAGGCCUCUUCCACCAUCUCCUGUUGUUGUCUCAGAUCCUUGAUAUCCUUGUCUGGAGGGGUGCUUGCAGAGCGUGGGGCAGGCUGCUGCAGGGUUGUCAGCAUGGAGAAAAGCACUAUGGCUCAGUCCAAGGGCACGGUGGUCCUCGCCUACAGCGGGGGCCUCGACACCUCCUGCAUCCUGGUGUGGCUGAAGGAGCAAGGCUAUGAUGUUAUCGCCUACCUGGCCAACAUUGGGCAGAAGGAAGAUUUUGAAGCAGCACGAAAGAAAGCGCUGGCACUGGGGGCCAAAAAGGUUUACAUCGAGGAUAUCAGCAGGGAGUUUGUGGAGGAGUUCAUCUGGCCGGCAGUGCAGGCCAACGCGCUCUACGAGGACCGGUACCUGCUGGGCACGGCGCUGGCCCGGCCCUGCAUUGCCCGCAGGCAGGUGGAGAUCGCCCGGCGAGAGGGAGCCCAGCACGUCGCCCAUGGGGCCACGGGCAAGGGCAAUGACCAGGUUCGGUUCGAGCUCACCUGCUAUGCCCUGUGUCCCAAAAUCAAGGUUGUUGCACCGUGGAGGCUGCCCGAGUUUUACCAGCGCUUCCCUGGGCGCCGGGAGCUGAUGGAUUAUGCCAAGAAACAUGGGAUCCCGGUGCCUGUGACACCCCAGACACCCUGGAGCAUGGAUGAGAACCUCAUGCACAUCAGCUACGAAGCCGGGAUCCUGGAGAACCCCAAGAAUCAGGCUCCCCCCGGGCUCUACACGAAGACCCGUGAUCCGGCCACCUCUCCUGACACCCCGGAUGUGCUGGAGAUCGAGUUUGAGCGGGGUGUCCCAGUGAAGGUCACCAACAUUGGGGAUGGAGCCACUCGUUCCUCGGCCCUGGAGCUCUUCGUGUACCUGAACGACAUCGCGGGCAAGCACGGGGUCGGGCGCAUCGACAUCGUGGAGAAUCGCUUCGUCGGGAUGAAGUCCAGAGGUAUCUAUGAGACCCCAGCGGGAACGAUCCUACACCACGCGCAUUUAGAUAUCGAGGCCUUCACCAUGGACCGGGAAGUGCGGAAAAUCAAGCAGGGGCUCGCCUUGAAAUUCUCCGAGCUGGUGUACAACGGGUUCUGGCACAGCCCCGAGUGUGAGUUCCUCCGGCACUGCAUCGAGCACUCGCAGGAGCCCGUGGUGGGCACCGUCCGUCUGUCUGUCUUCAAGGGCCAGGUCUACAUCCUGGGCAGGGAGUCCCCACGGUCGCUGUACAACGAGGAGCUGGUGAGCAUGAACGUGCAAGGGGACUACGAGCCCGCCGACGCCACCGGCUUCAUCAACAUCAACUCACUGAGGCUGAAGGAAUAUCAUCGUCUCCAGAGCAAGGUCACCGUAAAGCAGGAUGAAUAGCAAUCAAUCGCACGCGAGCCUUCCUCUCCCCUUUCUAAUUUCUCUAAGAAGUAGCACUAAUUGUGGUGGCAAUUUGUAAUUGUAACUCGUCUCUCCGGAGCGGAGCCGCGGCGGAGGUGACGGCUUUGUUAUGGGGCGGCAAGUGAAAUGCAAUCGGGAGGGGGGAAAAAAAGGGUUUCGUCCAUCGGAGGAGAAGUGGGGAAAGAAAUAAACCCCCAGCCAUGCGCGGGUCCGGCACUGA